GGAUUUGACUAUGCCCAUGAUUACCACGGUGUUGUUACACGGCAUUAAAAACGAAUUUAAAAUGAAGGGGUGUGUGGAUUGAAGAGUCCUCUUCCCACGCGCCGGCGACACACCCCGGGGUUCCCUGCGUGGUUUAUUACAGGCUUCUCCGCCUCGAGGCUCCGCUCGCCUCUCGCUGCGGCUUCGCACUGCAGAGGAAGCGGCGCCCGGGCGGGCGGCUCCCUCCUUCUCUCCGCGCGGCAGCCAUUGCAGGCGGCGCCUCCUCCUCCUCCCUCGGGGCGAGACGGGGAGGGAGCUCGGAGGCUCGGCCGCCUUUCCCCCGGGGCCUUGAGGAAAGCCCUGGGAAGCGGCCUCCCCGGAGCCUCGCGAGGCAGAACAGCUCCCGCCGCUCGCUCCGAGAUGGCCGGCCGCGUCUCUCCGAGCCGGCGCCGGGCGUAGCGCGGCCGGGGGAAACCUUUGCAUGUGGACAGAGGGAGGACGGACAGAGAUGGGCUUCUACAUCAGCUCCCUCUCCCGAGCACCCUAUGGCAAUGGGGCCCCGCCAGAGUCCUCACGCCCCACUGCCAAGCGCUACCAGGCGGCGCCCAGCUACAACUACAGGUGGACAGAGCUGCACUACGAGGCCAGCCGUGGCAACGUGGAGAAGCUGAAGGAACUCCUGCUGACCUCAAGCAGGGAGCUGGUGGACAGGAAAGAUUAUUACGGCAAGACGGCCCUCUACUGGGCUGCCUACAAGGGGCAGAGGCAUUCGGUGGAGCUGCUCUUGCAGCAUGGCGCCAACGUCAACACCUGCUGCAAACACGGGGGGACCCCUCUCCACGCAGCCGUCGGCCUCUUCCCCGACUGCACCCUGCUGCUGAUCCAGCACGGCGCAGAUGUGAAUCUGAAGGACAACUGGGGGGUGACCCCCAUGUACCUGGCUGCAUGCAGUGGACAGACAGAGUGCAUCCGGUUGCUGGUGCAGGCUGGGGCCUGCAUCUGCUACAGAAACAAGAAAACGGGAGCCCCUCCCAAGCGCCUCGUCUCGCAGCCGGCGUUGAUGUCCUGGAUGGAUUCCUGCCGCCAGCAGCCCCUUUCCCUCAAGCACCUCAGCCGCCUGUCCAUCCGGACUGCCCUGGGCCACAGGAGGCUCCAAGCCAUCGGGGACUUCAACCUUCCUCCUCUGCUGAAGCAGUACCUUAUGUUUGAAGACCUGGCUCUGCUCGACGGGUUGUAGCCCAGCGAGGCGCAGAAUCGGCCCCUCCUGGCUGGCACUGCUUCUGCACUGCGAGAGGGCCUGGCGGCGCCUUUUCCUUGCCCAGCAUAUGUCACCUUUUGUCUUUCGACUGGGGUGCCGGCGGCGUCAUCUCACGCAGGAGUCGGGCUCUCCAAGAAGUAGACGAGGGGCUGAGAUCAUGUCAACUUUUUUUAGCUGAGGAGGGAAAGGCGAGCGAAGGGAACAUGCUAGAAAGGCACAUAAAGCAAUGCGUAGCGCAGAUAAAGAGAACAAAGACGUUUUUUCCUCCCGCAAGGGCCGGGUCGUACAAGGAAGCUCAGUGCUGGGAGACUCCUUCGCACGGCGCAUUGAUAAAACGAGGGGAUUUGCUGCCAGAAGGUGCUGUGACCAUCACCAAACUGGGUGGCUAUAAGAGGGGUACGGAGGGUAAGGUUGUCAAUGAUCACAUGGGAUCAGAGGCACGAUUCCUCCGAAUAGUGGGAGGAUGUGUGUUGUGCUCAUGCCCUACUUGCAAACUUCCCGGGGGAAACUAGUUGGUCACUUUCUGAAAGCGGUUGUUCGCCUAGAUGGGUUUGAUGUGGGGUGUGGGUGUGUGGUGUCUUACGGUCUUGCGAAUCACCUCCUUCCUUAUUAGCCGCCCUUCGUCUCUUCUGCUUGUCACCUGGGUAUCUUGGCAUUUGGGUGGCCGAAUUGCCUUCCUGGAUUCUCCGUUCCUGACCAAACCUGAUAUUGCUGGGAAGCUUGUAAACUGGGGGGCGGGGGGGGGAGCUUUUUUUGGCACAGUAAGUAGGCCAGAUCUUUUAUCUCUCUGCAUCCCAACGUUGACAGGUAGACGAGGCCAGCUGCCUGUCAGCCAUCAUGAUGACUGAUAGGGGGUUGGUCCCAUCCACCUGUCAAAUGUUGACCUACCUGGGGUGGUGAUGGAGUAGUCCGAUUCAAAGCGGCACCAAGCAGGAUUGAACUCUCUGCACGCCAGCUGAUGAGCAACGGGUCCAAUCCUGCGCUCUAGUGAAGCGGCACCCAGCAGGACUCAACCCUACUCCCCUGCCUAUCAGGUGGUGUCAUCCGGUGACAUCAGCUGAUGGACAGGUGGACAUGGUUGUGGGGAAAUGGCCUUGUGGGGCUAAUUGAACCCUUGGCUGUCCAUGGGGGCAGAGGUUCCUUACCCCUGUCGUAAGGAGAACUUGAAGGUGAUGCCUUACCUUCUCCUGCUGCUUGCCCCUGUUAUCUCUAGCUGACUCCACAUGCAUUUUAGCGCAAGGGAAAAUCAGGCUUCAAGCAUGCAGGGCCUACUUUAAGAACAAUACAAACCAGAUCCACAAACCAGAGCCAGGUGUGAAAAGACACACUGUUAGCAUUAAAUAAUUUGUUUCAAGUACCACAGAACUGAACUGGGUCCAUUGUCCUUCCAUACAAACAAACAAACAAACAAAUACCACAAAUAAAGCAAAGCUACUCCUUUGCCCCCUCCCUCACCCCCACCGUUAAUCAGUGGGGAGUAAGAAAUUAUUGUAAGAAAUCACCCAGAGAUCUUCUGGUCCAGGAUAGUAAGAAGUGUUAUAGCUUGGAAAUUUUCCAGCCAUUUCCAUAGGAUAACUUAAUCCAAUAAGCUACCGUCAUCCUAUUAUUUACUAAAAUCUAACAUGGGUGGAUUAACUUUGGCUCGUAACCAAGAGGAAGGCAUACCAUAUGGUAUCUGUAAUGUCCUCGGAUCUGUACUUGAAUUUAGACACCCAAUUCUCUAUUCCCCCCUAAGAUGAGAAGAUGUACGUUGAUGGGCUUUCUUCAGUUCAUCCUCUCCAGUGUGCAGUUUUCGGAAGAGGGGUUGGUGGUCACGUCCCAGUUCGGGAAGAACUUAAGAAACUCUUCCACUUACACCACCA